AUGACUGUCCGGGACGAGGACGUGGAACAAUUCUUGGCUGAUGAACGGUUUAGCCGAGUCUUCACGUAUCCCGCGGAUCCUGCUGAGGGCCGCCCCGAGGCUUUUCGCAUUUCAUACGCAGACUUUGGGUACCGUAAUACGGAGAAUGCCCAGGCGGAAAAGGUCUUUCUCUUUUUCGGACCUCUUCUUGGGUCUCGAAUGCUUUUCAUAGCCAAGGAUGCUCUGGCUAAAGAACAUGGAGUCCGUAUCAUCAGCACCGACCGGCCGGGCUUUGGCGAUACACCUGAUGUAGAGGCAGAGGGGAGGUUAGCUUUCUGGCGUAAGGCCAUGUUUGCAUUGUUACAACACCUACGGAUCCGUCACGUACAUGUAGGCGCGCAAAGUGGCGGUACAAUAUACGCCUUGGAUUUUAUCUUUCAUUAUCCUGAAAUGCUGUACCCGGAUAAUGCCUAUCUUGCUGUUGGGGCUCCAUGGAUUCACCCCUCACAUUCUCGAAUCUGGCAUAUGUCAGCAACGCACGCCCUUCCCAGGUCCCUGAUAGGACAGGCAGAUAAGCUUGUUUCCUUUCUCUCUGUCGUUGCAGAUCCUAUUUUAGACACCAGCUUUGGCCUCGCCUCUGCUUUUGGGCGGUGGUUUGCUGCUCCGCAAACUGGAGACGCCGCUGCUGCUGCUGCCGCUAAUUCCGACGAUCCGGCAAAAGCCUUUGCAGAUGCUUUGGACCCAAAACUAGCCGACUUUAUCUACGCCAGGCCUAUCAAUGGCAUAUCGAACGAGUCAAUUCUGCUCAUGCAGAAAACUCGGGGUGAACCCGGAUGGUCGGACUGGGGAGAUUACGAUACCUUGGUGCCUCGUCUCAGGCGCGCUCUAGCAGAGAAGGAUCGGUGCUUGAAUGUGGAGUGUUUCUUUGGCCAGACGGACUCCAUGAUCGGCGACCCUGGCACCGCCGGCCCGGAGUGGUUUAAGAGCUGCUGGGACAGGGACGGCAAGGAUGACGAUGUCAUCCAGUUCUCUUGCAGGGUUAUCGACGGGGCGGAUCAUAACUCGAUUUGGGCGACGGAGUGGGGUGUGGCCCGCGAUGUAUUGAACCGUAUUCGAGGAACUGGGUCUUGA